GACUUCAUGUGUCAACACUAAAGUAUCCAGUUAACGUCACAAACUUGUUGCUGAUAACGUUGAAAGCACGUUCUGCGAACCGCCUACAAUCAAGAAACUUUGCAAGUUGUACAGAUAGAAUUAUACCUGUAAAGAUAAAUAGUUUGAAAGAACUCACGUGCUAAAUUUUUCCAGUACACGUUUUUAAAGAUCCGAAUAUGGGAGGCGUGGUAAGCUAUUUUUGGCAAGGAGAAAGUCCAGAUAUUGAUAUACCAGAUGAAGGAACGGGUCUAAGUCUCAGAGACAAACAAAAUAUUCGAAAGACGUGGUCCAUCGUUCAGAAAGAUUUGAAAGGAAAUGGCAUCGAACUAUUUGUCAGGCUUUUCGAAGAGUAUCCGGAAUAUAGAAAAUUGUUUAAAUCUCUGGCCAACAUUCCCUGGGAUCAAUUACGUGACUCUAAAAAACUAGAAGUACAUGCGAUGUCUGUAAUGUACGCUAUCAGCUCAUUAGUGGAUAGCUUGGAUGACGUAAGUUGCUUAAUAGAGCUUCUCAAGAAAACUGGUGAAAAUCACAGACGUCAUAGAACAACAGUCGAACAAUUUGAGAAUCUUGCCGUAGUGAUGGUGAAUAUGCUACAGGAUGUCUUGGGAAGCUACAUUACGCUUUCUGCAGUCGAUUCCUGGAAAAAAGCUCUUGCCGUCAUGAUUAAUAUUAUUAAAGAAGGCUUAGGGAAUACUGAAAAUGAUAACUAGCACAACAUCUUUAUACGUAGAAGCAAAUUUUGGUUGUUCACUGUAAGUAACACUGCAGUGACUAUUUGUCUUGUUCCAAAACGAUUGUGGUAAGAGUUAAACUCAGUGAUCGCAUCAUCGCAGAACCAAGGGCGUUUUCGAAGUUGAACCGAUCGCAUUUCGAAACAUAAUUCUAUUAUAUGCUUGAAUUACUUUUCCGCAUUAUGUUUUUGUUGAAAAAUUUAGCAUUUCACAAGAAAAAAGCAACCGAAACGCUUUCAGUAAACAAGGGUAGUUCAUGAAUACAGGUUAUGAUCUGUCGAUAGUGCUUUGUGAUGGCAAACUUUGGUUGGUUUGAAUAAAUAAAUAAAUAUAGUUUUAAAAAUAAGAUAUUAUUAUUGCUAGCUGGUAUUUAUUCUAUUUGAUAUUUGAGAAAUGAAAAGCAGACUCGGCUAAUUUUUUAUUAUCUUUAUUUGAUAAUUCCUUUUUUCUAGAAUAAUUUUUAUAUCGCUAACAGAUAAUGGUGAUUUCUGCGUGAGGCUGGUUAAUUGAUGUGUUGUCAGUGCAUUUGCAAUCUAUCAGUUUUAGCAAAAGUUUGAAAACGUAAAUUCACAAACAAUUAUAUUCUAUGUAUUAGAACAAUUAAAAGCAAGAAAACAAAAAAGUUUGGACAACUGCCUCUAGGAUGAUGUUAGAAUGCAUACAUACUUUAUGUGUGUGUGUGCGUGUGUAUAUAUAUAUAUAUAUAAUGUUUACAGCAUCUAUAUAAUAAUGGUCAAUCGUACUCAAUAGUACUCCUCCCAAACUUUUUGACGAAGAACGGCUUGAAAUUUUGCAAUUAGGCUGUUGACCCCCCUCCCCCGAUAGAAUAAAAACGAAAACGGUUCGAAAGAAUCAUGAGGAGACCCCAGAUAUGAGGGAGUCACAAGGGUUAAGGCCUCUCAGGUUUUACUUGCCAGAUUUGAAAAUCAAUAUUAAUGGGUACUGGGAGCUCUUAGAACUGGGGUCCCCCGGUGGGACAGCGGUAAGUUAUCGGAUUCACAACAUUAAAAUCAGGGGUUCAAUUCCCCUCGGUGGACACAGCAGAUACAAGAAAACACACACAUUUAGUACUGGGUCCAUGGAUUUGCAUGAAACUUGGAUCAACCUAAUAUGUGAAUAAGGAAUUUUUUUUUGGGGGGGGGGUGUUAGGAUUGGCUAGAUAGAUUUACUUUUAAGGUGACCAAAUCACGUAAACUCUUGUUCAAAAUAAGAUGUGUAGAAUUUGUUUGCAUUAUUCUUGUUAAUGCUGAAAUCUGACACGCGCGAGAAAUUUCUGUGCAUAGAAAAUCUGAUUUUUAUGUUCACAUAAAAUUCAAUAUAAUGGCAUGUUAUUCAUUUAUAGUGUAUAUUUAUGGUACAUCUGAAUCCGUACUUUAAAACUGAUGAUUUUCAUUUUGGAUUUAGUUUAAUUCAUCGUACAUGUCCAAAGGAAUAGCGAUAUUCAUAUAAACGCUUUUUUUUAUAUUUUUUUGCAAACCAUAUAAGUUUUUGAGACAAUUCGAACAAGAGCACUACAUAAUGUUUGGUACUAAAGAGGAAAAUAUAGUACAAACUUAUUUUUAAUUGAAACGUAAGAAUGCUAGAAAACAAUUUAUAUCAACAUUUUGAGAUGAUCUACACAAACUUACGUUCUUCUCCUUUAAUUAUAUCACUAACAAUUCUACUUGUUUGAACAUACUGGACACGAAUUUAACUCGUUAACGCAUCAAGCACAUAAUUUUAACUUGUUUUAACACUCCAAACGUAAUUUUUGUUCGGCAACGUAUCAAACGCCCAUUUGUACUUUUUUUAAAAAAAAAAAAAACUAUGCCGCAUAUAUUGUCUGCUUGCUACAUCACACUUGCUAAAUUAGGAAACGUACAUUUUGCAGAAAUCCAUAUUGGGCACUUCUUUCCAACAUAAUACAAUACGUGUUUUCUACUAGUUUUUAGUAUACAACACUCUUUAUUAUUUUCAACGUACUACAACACGUGCUACACAAACAUACUCCAUUUUAACGUUUCGUAUUCUUAUGGACCUGGCAUCGUCUGGUUGUUAUCGUGCUGGAUGGUGGAUGUGAGAGUCCCAGAUUCACGACCCGUUACCACACAUACACACAGGGACAAUGGCUGCGUUAUAAAAGUGGCAUUCAAAUCUCACUAUUUGAUUACACUAUCCUAAGGGUUGACUUGGAUACUGUUGACUAGCUGCCUUCUUUCUAGUUUAUCAGUUCUGCUAGUGCAGAUAAUACUGGUAAAGCUUUGAGCUAAGUAUCCUAAAAUAAACAAAUACACUCUGAUAUAAAUAUAUCUCUGCGUGUAACACACUUUCUACUUCUUUUUACCACGUUAAUAACGCACACUCAAACACUUCUUUUAAAAUAAGGCACACUUACUUUGUACUUAUACUUCACAUGCUACACAGAGUUUUAUCUAAUCCUUUCCAUUAGAUCGCAAGUUCUUUGUACUUUUAAAAAUCCACUCCUACUGUUUCUGUUUCGUUCUGUAACAUGUCAUCUACUGUUACUUUAUGAUUGUUUAAUAUCAAUCAGUUAUCCCAUUUUUAUUCUGAUAUGAAACGCAAAAUAAAAUUAGUUUUGCUUUAAAAUCCUUAAAAUCCAUUAAUUUUCUUUAUUUAACUUAAAUUAAGUAAAUUGCUAUGUAAGUGUCUUACACACCCCUUAAAUACACAGAGCAUAUAUAUUCAUA